CACCCAAUCCCAUUCUCCUCUUUUCCAAUUUUCGUUGACGUGAUUUGAAGGCACCUGCCUGUGAUUGGAUAAAUAACCGCAAGCUACGGGAAUCUUUGACAACCUACCCAGACGACCCCCCCCGCCGCCUAUCGGGCUGAGCCGCAGUCAAACGCUGCGCCUACAGACCAAAAAUCGACCACCAACAUUUACCAAUUGGACUACAGACGGACGACAAGGGCCUCUCCCAUUCGGCUUGCCGAGACCAAUUGCGCAAUCGCAAGGAAGAGAAAACAAACCAUUGAAGAAAAGACGUUCCCACCCUUUUGACGAAGCGCCGUCAUCCCGCUUCGAACAGUUCCGCCUUGUUUUCCCGCUCGGGACCCUUGCAUUGUGAGCCUGCAGGGAAAGGGAAGGAAGAAAAAAACGACAAUCAGCCUGGUCUGACGUCUUAUCAGAAAAACCCCUCCAUACCGGGCAACGUCUCUGUGUCUCACCACUCGUGGAGCUGUAGAGAGUUGGUGUACAGUAGAUGCUCUCCGACUUGAUUAUACCAAGCACUCUAAUAUCGGACCCUUCUUAUCGCAACUUAUCACCCCAAACAUUUGCGGCCGGCGCGCGGAAUUUCCUACCUUAGUUUUCUCGGGCCGUUUUGUUCUCAUAACUCCGUCAUCGUCCAAAACGCCGAUCACCGGCCAAACCCGGCCGUAGCCGCAGCUCCUCCCAAAACAAACCACCAAGAAAAAGCCGUAGCCAAACAUCACCACAAACCAUGGGUCUCCUAGCACUGGGAACCCCUCUCGACUGGCCAGAGGCCAAGAAGAGUGCGGAUCAGGUCCGCGAGUGGGGUAUCAAGCAACUCCUGGAGAUAUGGAACAAGGCCAAGAGUAAAGAGCGCGAUGCUAUGCUCUGGGGAGAUGAGGUCGAGUACUUGGUCGUAACCUACUCAAAGGAUGAGCCCAAGGUCCGCCUGUCUCUUAGACAAGCCGAGAUUCUCACAGCACUCGCCGAGAGCCCGGAUCUCGCAAAGGAGGGAGGCUGCGUACCAGAGCUGCAGGAAGUCGCCAGGGAACAGUCAUCGGUAACCCUCCCCGUCUUCCACCCGGAAUUCGGCCGCUUCAUGCUCGAAGCCACCCCCGGCAAACCCUGGGGCAUCGGCUUCAAGGAACUCCUCGACGUCGAGCCCGACAUGAAGCUCCGCCGCAAGAUCGCAAAGGACCACAUGCACAGCAACGAGUACCCCAUCACCCUCACAACCUUCCCCCGCAUCGGCUGCCCGGGCGACUUCACGGAACCCUACUACCCUCCCUCGGGCCCCAAGCUCCGCUCCCAGUUCGUGCCCGACGAGAUCGCCAACCCGCACAUCCGCUUCCCCACCCUCGCCGCCAACAUCCGCUGGCGCCGCGGCCGCAAGGUCCAGGUCAACGUCCCCGUCUUCCACGACACCAACACGCCCAACCCCUGGAAGGAUCCCACCGUCAACCGCGACCUCCACAACUGGCCCGAGGACGACGACGUCCGCGACGGCGGCGCCGCCCCGGACAACUUUAUUCACAUGGACGCCAUGGCGUUCGGCAUGGGCAGCUGCUGUCUGCAGAUUACCUUCCAGGCCAAGAACAUCACCGAGGGCCGCAAGAUGUACGACCAGCUGAGCCCGCUGGGGCCCAUCAUGCUCGCCCUGACGGCCGCCACGCCCGUGUAUAAGGGAUUCUUGGCCAACACCGACGUGAGGUGGAAUCAGAUCAGCCGGGCCGUGGACUGCAGAACCCCUGAGGAACUCGGAGAAAAGCCCCUGAAAAACGACCGCUGGCGCAUCCCCAAAUCCCGCUACGCCUCAAACUCAACCUACAUCUCCACAGACCCGCGCCUCCGCCAGGAAUACCUCGACCCGAACCUCGUCAUCGACGAGUCCAUCAAGUCCAAACUCAUGGACGGCGGCAUGGACGACCGCCUCGCCACCCACUUCGCCCACCUCUUCAUCCGCGACCCCAUCGUCGUCUUCGAAGAGGACCUCCAGGAGCUCGACCUCUCCAAGACGGACCACUUCGAGAACCUCCAGUCCACAAACUGGCAGCACAUGCGCUUCAAGCCCCCGCCCGCAGACAACUCCAUCGGCUGGCGCGUCGAGUUCCGCCCCAUGGAGAUCCAGCUCACCGACUUCGAGAACGCCGCCUUCUCGGUGUUCAUGGUCCUCGUCACCCGCGCCAUCCUCUCCUUCGACCUCAACUUUUACAUCCCCAUCACCAAAGUCGACGAGAACAUGGAGCGCGCACACGCCGUCGACGCGGUCCUCAAGGAGAAGUUCUUCUUCCGCAGAAACCCCUUCCCCAGCCGCCAGGUCCGCGUCAACAACUUCACCCAGGGCGACGACGCCGCCACCUCGAGCAGACCGGGCUCCCACCCCGGCUCCGCAGUCCCCAGCCGCCCACCGACCCCCGUCGGCCCCGUCGAAGACGAAUACGCCGAAAUGACAGUCAACGACAUCAUCAACGGCAGCAACCCGGACUCCUCGGACGGCUUCCCGGGCCUGAUCCCCCUCGUGGAAUCCUACCUCGACAGCGUAAACGUCGACGUCCAGACCCGCUGCGAACUCGACACCUACCUCCGCCUCAUCAGCCAGCGCGCCUCGGGCCAGCUCGACACCGCCGCCCGCUGGCUCCGCAACCUCGUCGACGUCCACCCGGGCUACAAGCACGACAGCGCCGUGGGCGAGGACGUGCAAAAGGACAUCAUCGCCGCCGUCGUCGCCAUCGGCGAGCGCGAGACGGCUGGAGCCGGGUUCGCCGGGCUGGAUAUCCACGGCCUGCCGAAGCUGCUCGGCAACUUCCGCCGGGGCUGCGGCGGCGGCGGUAGCGGUGAACAGCAGCAGCAGCCGGAGGUCUCCGCGAGGAAGAGGAAGGCUUCUGAACAGGCUUAGAUGCGGCAUCCACGUACGUAGGUCGGUAAGGUACGUAGGGUGGUUGAAUCACUAGUACUACGGAGACAUGGAAACGCUGUCACGACCGAGGCAUCGGGUUCAAAAAAGCAAAGAAUAGGAAGGCGACAUCCCGAAGGCCAGGGGGUGAAGGAAGUGAAUAGGAGGGAGCAGAGUAGGGUCUCGAUGUCAUCAGCCACAUGCAAGCUCGCAUUCGGCGGCGCCUUGGAUAGGAUUUUCGUGCACGUAAUGAACUCAUAGACUCAAAAAGCAUAUAUUAAGACAGCAAUGGCAAGUUCCAUCAUGACGUAUCUUGUAUGCGAAGGGGAUUGAGAGAGCGUGAGAGAUGUCGGCCGUAGGCGUGAACCAUGGACCAACAACGAUGCCAGCGUGGGAGUAACUGAUUAAGCCAAAUGCGUAGUCGGUUGCGAACAUGUCUCAUUCUGAUCCUGCGUCGUCGAUCCAAGAUCCAAGACCAAGUGAAAUUUGAGGUGGUCCACGAUCUUGGAUCGAGUGACAGACCACAGGUCCCAGCCCAAUGUAGGUGCAUCAUCAGGCUGCUCGGCUUCCCUAGCCUGACUGAAGG